AUGUUAAAAACGAUUGUGUUAUUAUCUUUUUAUUCUCUAUAUAACGUAUUCCAAAAAUCAAUCAAUUGUCUAACUAAAUAUUCUUCCUUUCGAAAAAAAGGAAAGGAAUGUUAUAUAUUAAUCUCUUCUAAUUAUAUAUUAAAAAAUAAAAGUAAAAAAUUUUCAAGAGAUACAUGCAACAUCCUAAAAAAAUUCGAACGAAAUCAAUCGAGUGAUGAAAAAUUUAUAAAAACAUAUUCCGUAGAAAAUGAAAAUGAUUAUAUGGAAAAUAUAUUUUCUCAUAAUGAACAAAACAAGAUAAAAAAAAAAAAAAAAAUUUUAAUAGCUAACUGGAAAUGCUAUUUAUCAAAAGAGGAAGCAUAUAAAUUAAUUGAUACAUUGACAAGAAUUAAAUAUUCUAAUUAUAUCGAUGUAAUAGUAUCUCUUAAUUUAUUAUAUAUACCAUAUCUUUUACAAAAGAUAAAAGAAAAUAAUUCUAAGAUAUAUGCAUGUUCUCAAGAUGUAAGUUUAGUUAAUGAUUUCGGACCAUUUACAGGAGAAACAACUGCAAAAUUAAUUUAUGACUUUAGUAUUAAAUAUACUUUAAUAGGACAUAGUGAAAGAAGACAAGGUUUUUAUAAGAAUGGAGAAACAAUUGAACAGAUAGUCUUGAAGGUAUAUAAUGCUAUUAAUUCUAAAUUAAAAGUUAUACUAUGUAUUGGUGAUGACUAUAAAAAUUCGGAUAAUUCUACAUCUUUAUACAAAAUGAAGGAGCUCUUACGACUUAUCAAAACUAAAAUUUCAAAAGAUGAUAUGAAAAAUAUAAUCAUAGCCUUUGAGCCAAGGUUUGCUAUAGGUACAGGAAAACCAGUAUCCUAUGAUGUUUUAAAUAAAUAUUAUUACGAAUUAAAAAGGGAUAUAGCAAAAGAAAUCGACAAGUCAACAAGUGAAGAAAUGAUGAUAGUUUAUGGAGGAUCUAUAAACAAGUCUAAUAUGAAAGUUUAUGUAGAUAAUACUAAUGUGGAUGGCUUCUUAAUUGGAAAGGCUUCAUUAAAUGAAGACUUUAUCGAUAUUAUAAGAUAUGUAGAUCAUUAA